ACGAAUUAGAGUUAGUAUCCAUUUGGGUUCGGAUUUGGAUUCGGUCUGGAUUUAUUUAGAUUUCAGAUUUCUGGGGUUAUAGAUUUUAUUUCAAUUCGGAUAUUUAUAAGUCUUGGUUCGGGUUCAUUUGGAUCUUUGUGGGUUCGAUUCAGAUAAUUCGUUUAAAUUAUUUUAAAUUUUUAAAAAUUUAUAUCUAUUUUAAAUUUCUCAAAAUUUAAAUAUAAAAAUAUAAUAUAAUAUAUAAAUUUUUAGUGUAUGUCAAAAUACAUAAAUUUAACAUAAAAAUUUGUUUAAUUCGGAUAUUUGGAUGAAAAAUUAAUAGGUUUUUAAGUAUUUUGGACAACUUCAAAAUAUCUUAUAUAUUUUGGAUAUUAAAUCUAAAAUAAUUAAUAUAUUUAAGUACAUAAAUUUGAUUCAAAUAUAUUCGGAUAUCUAAAAUAUUUCGAUUCGGAUCGAGUUCGGUUUUGGUUAUCUAAAUACCAAAGUUUUGAAUCCGUUCGGAUAUUUAACUAGUUUCGGUUCGUAUUCGGAACUAUUUUUCGGGUCGGAUUCGGUUUGAUUUUUUUGGAUUUAAGUUUUUUGCCCAUAUCUACUUACGAUAAUCGUGUGUCCCUAAUUAUCUAAUUAGGAAAAUGAUGAAUUAACACCAUAAUAUUGUUACUCUGUGAUUUCAUAUAAGUUAACGAUAAACAAACAAGAUUUGUUUUUUUUUGUCUUGCCACUCGGAAACUACAUCCAGAGAGUAGAGACAUACAUACACAGCUCUUCAAAAGUGGGGACUUGAUUGAAGAGUUUAUUGUAUAAAGGUUAUAUGUAGGAAUAAGAACCUAAUAUUCCCAGAAAUUACACAUACAAAAACAAAAUGACUACACUUUUGACUAAUCAAUCAUGAAGUAGAGAAGCAGACUAGAGUGAUUUGGAUUAUCUUUUUAUACGAAACUUCAUCGAUCAAGACAUUCAAACCAUAGUUAUGGGGUAUAUCUAUCAACUCAUCCAGUGCAACACAAACCGAUCAAGAAAUCAGAAGCACCGUACAAUGAGACAUUAUAGUUCCGUAGACCUUGGUGUUCAAAAAAACCGGGAUUUGAAAUGCCCAAAUUACCCCUUAUAAUAUAUUAGAGUAAAUUAUAUAAUCAUAUAAUUUUUCAAAUCAACAUUAAGAAGGUUCCGUAGUCGAACCCUCAUUUCAGGUGAGUCUUCUUCUUCCAUUCUGGCCUUUACUGUUCCUUCCGAUUUGGAAUGGCAAACAAGAUUGCAAUGCUGGUCUCAGAAGCGAGGAACAAGAAUGCUGUAAUAAACACAUGUCUUGGAGUGUCUUUUGUUGUUUUGGGGUUGAGAUCUGAUAAGCAGCAAAAGUAUGUUGAGGCCUUACAGGAGCAAAAGGAUUCACUCUUCAAGUCUAACAAGGAAAUGAAAGUCACUAUGUGGCAUUGGAAACAGAAACUCUUUGCUGAAGCCACCUCUGCUGGUCCUUCCACCGUUGUUGUUCCUCUGUCCACGCUUAAAGCCAUCUAUAGCGAAGUCACCACAAACACUCAGUCUGGUGAAACAGUCAAGGAAGAGUCUAAAAUGUCUACCUCCAGGAUCAUGGUUUGAGAGGUUCUCAAGUAAAGAUUUAUCACUUUUAGACUUUUAGUCUCGUUAUUUGUGAUUUUAAACUUGGCUAGCAUUAAAUUGUGUGUAGUUCAUUAUGGACCCAUCUGUCCAAGAUCAGGUCUUGUUUUUUUGGAGUGAAGAUUUUCACUUGAUUUUAUAUUAUGUCCAUGUAGUUUCGAUUAAUUGAUAAAUCAUGUUCCAACAUUGAUAAGUUCAAGACUAAGUCUUGUUGUUA